AUGUUAACCAGCGAAUGCAUGGUACAUUUUGGUGACAAUUCAUCGACAUUUGACUAUGCUCGUCGUCAACUCAGUCAUGAGAAGGAAUUUCUUGCUGAUAUUGAUCAACAAACUGAAAAUCAAUUUUAUUCCUGUAAUGGACAAGCAGGUUUGGAAGCAAUUGAUAAUGAUCAACUUCAUAGAAUGUGCCAUUAUAUCAAAUUAUUAUCAGUUAAUAAAAUGAAUUUUCGUUUUCGAAGAAAUCUGAACAACUAUUUGCAAUUACAAAAGACGAAAACAGCACAUGAACCAUAUAUAUAUCAAUUAUCUUUAAUGAACAGAACAAAAUCGAACAAGAAACAAUGUUCAAAAGAUGCAAUCAAACAAGAAAUAAGAUACCAAUGGAAUGAAUAUGAAGAUGAUAUGUUUUAUCAAAUUCAAUAUGGUGUUAGAAAUGAAGUAACGGAUGAAUCUGAAGAUGAAACACCGCAAAAAUGUAUUCCCUCAAAAACCUGCCAUAAAAAACCUAAAUGUGCUAAAGUUCGAAUACUCAACGAUCAAUGUAUUGUACACAGUCGUCAAUAUGUAUCCAAGUUUAAUUGUGCUGUCAAUUUACUUCGUGACGCUGGUGAAUUUCAUAAAAGUGUUUAUCAUCAAUUAUCACAUAAAUGUUGUUCAUGCAACGAAAAAAUAGAUAUUUUACAAACAUUCAUGUUUAUUUUAGGCUUGAAUACGAUCGAUCCAAUUAUACUAGAGAAUAUUUGUAAUGAAAUCCAAUUAGAACAGUUUGGUGACAGGAAACCACCGCAACCUGUUUAUAUGAUGUUUUUGUCAUUUCAAUCGGCACUCGAUGCUAAAGAACGUCUUAGACAAUCUGGCCGUUUUAUCGGUAAAAAUGGUCAAUAUUUACGUCGUUUCGAAGAUAAAUACAAUGUUCGCGUGAACAUUGUCAAUAGAUCUUCUAGUAAAAAACUUCGUCAAAAACUUAUUGAAAUGAAAAACAAGACUGGUAAACAACUUACAAACGAACUUGAAGGCAUUUAUUUAUUAUUGACGAAGAAAAAUACAUCAGUAAAAAGUACGAUUUCUAUUGAUGAAAUCAAACAAUUAAUAAAAAAGAAAUGGAACGAAAUAAGUGAAGACAUGCAAAUUCAAAGACAACAUAGAUUGAAGCACGCAACAUCAAGACAAUGCACAACAUCAAUGUGGUUUGAAUUCAGUUGUGAUGAUCGAUGGCAUCCUAAAAGACGCGAUCAUUCACAAAAGAUUCCAAUCGAAAAAAAAGAAUGUUCAACUCAAAUAGAUGUAGCAUCAUAUUCCCGAAUUUCAUAUUUACAACGAUUGAAAGCUUGUCGAAAAUUGUCAAGAGUUAUUCGUCACCGGAAAAACAUAGCAUUCGGCAUGAUGGAAUAA